GGUGAAAGAUGCUGCAGGUUGAAGCUCUGAACGUCCCUCAAAUUAACACCCUGUGCUCCUGCCGCAGGUUUCCGCACCUCAGGGGGAUAAUAAAGUGUCGCUGAUACCUGCGCACAAUAGAUAAAGAUACGCUGCCCAGUCUAAAGAGGUUAAUCCUGACUCCUCCCAGUGUCGCCAUUCAUCGUAUUAAUAAUCGCACCACUUGCGCUUCGCCUUAAAAGUGGGAGGGCUGCUCGAGCGCACAGGAAAACCGCGAGGAGCUGUCUCCGUUACGCGUGGUGCUGAAAGUGCCACUCGCCGCAUCAUGUGGUCGGUCUUCUUUGUCUUUCUGUCUUACCUGGACAGAAACGUCGUCAAGGGCGACUUCCUGAGCCGCGCUCUGGACGCGGAGAAGGAGAGCAAAGAGAUGUUCUCCAUGCUGAAUGGCACCGUGUGCGCAAAAAUGUCCACCCUGGGGGACAAUUUCCUCUACCAGGUGUCGGACGGAGCCGAGGUGGUGCGCUCCGUGGUCACUCCCGGCGGGAAGCUCGUCAACUGCUCCGUCACAGUGAACCAUAUCCAGGUGAAGUCGUUCCUGCAGGAGUGCAGGUUAGGGCUGAAGGAGCAGAAAACCGGGUGGCAGCUGGAGAUGCGUUUUACGCGCAUGGAUGAAGCCAAACUGAUGUGCCGGGAGCUCAAAGAGCGCACAGAAGAGAAGGACCAGGUCUUAAAAAGAACCAAGAGGGGCUUCACCUAUCCUGGGACUCUGUGGUGUGGAGCCGGUAACAUGGCAGAGAACUACAACCAGCUGGGAGACUUUGCGGACACUGACAGCUGCUGCCGCACUCACGACCACUGUCCUCAUGUCAUCCACGCCUUCUCCUCCAAGUACGGCCACACCAACUUCAAGUGGCACUCCAUCUGCCAUUGUGACUGUGACAAUGCGUUGAAAGCUUGUCUCAGGAAAGUCAAUGACACGUCCUCCAGGGUUGUUGGUCAGGCGUUUUUCAAUGUCAUCGGGGUUCCCUGCUUUGACUUCAUCUACGAGGAGCAGUGUGCAGAGCGCCACUGGUAUGGCAUGUGUAAACGAUAUGAGAAGCUCCCCAUUGCUGUGCUGCACGAGUCAGUGCCGUAUGACUUCGGAGGUAUUGACGUCAUUGAUGACCUGACCGUGGCUCCUCCCAAGACCAGAGAUUCCAAGAAAAGCAACAAAGAGGAGAAACCGGAGAGUGCAACUCAGUCUACCAUGUCAGGCCCCGAAGAGCCCUCGCUCGGGAACGUCGUCACCGCCGCUGAGGACUUCAUCAAAGUCCUCGCCACCGUCUCCACGUCCCAAAGCUCCACCACCGAGUCCGAUAGAGGCGAGGCGCAAACCUCGGAGAAGAAGAAGAAGAGGAAAAAGAAGAAGAAAAUCACUAAAAAACUAAAAAGGAAAGGAAAGGGGAGGAAGAGAAAGCAAAAAGCAGAGGCAGGUGUUAAAAUAGAGGAAGGAGGUGCGGUUUCACCUUCUGGCAGCAAAUCAGAAGAAGUCAAGGCUUUAAGAAACUUCAUCAGCGAGUCACACGGACAAGACCAGCCAAGUCGAAACACAAACAAAGUCGGUGACAGCGAAUAUGAGCUCGUAGGAAAAGAUGAACCCUCCAAUGAAGUCAUGAAAGAUGAACCAGCCAUGGAGAAGGAGGUGGUUUCCAUUACACCACCUUCAACCGUCCAGAAGAGCCCAGCGCAGUCAGACACUGAUGUAGCAUCAAAAGAAAUCAGUCCCUCAACAAGCACAGCAGCGGCUCCACAUGAAGGUAGAAGGCAAAGAAAGGGCAGGAGAAAGAAGGACAAGAACACUCCUCUUCCUUCUUCUGAAGAGCUUCCAGUGAACAUGACUGACAACUUAAGUGCCGUCUCCAUCCCCACCAUCAUUACCAUAACCCCAACGGCACAGCCUGAGCAACCAAGCUUCGGCAGCGACACUCAAAAGCGACCUGUUGUCAGCACUGCCAGCACCCCCAUUGUAAUCUCCAAAGCCAAAAGAAACAGGUCAAUGGAGAGAGAGGACAGAGAGGGGAGGAAGAAAAGGAGGAAAGGCAGCUCAGUUUCUCCCAUUGUGCCUGUUGUCCAGCAAAAUUCCUACGUGGACAAUCUGAAAGUGAUCCCUCACACCGCUGCUCCCACAAUCCCGCCGAUCCCCACCACAGAGCUCCAGCUUUCACACAGGCCGGACGUUUAUGGAGGGAAGAUCCAAAUUACGCCUCUGAACUCUUCGUUUAGUGUUUUGAAAAGACAAAGGUCCAAAGACAGAGCACUGAGAAACAGGAGGAGGAAAAUUGUUGUGCCUCCUCCAAGUGAAAACCGACUUUUUUCUCACAGGAGCUCUGAAAAUGCGCUUCCUGUUCUCACGACUCCGGACACUCGUGUUGCGCUGAACAGCCACGCAAGCACUGCUGCAACGGUAGAAACUCACAGUGAAUGGAGGCUUUUUACAACGGCUGCCCCUACUAUCAGCACAAAACAUCACCGGCAGGCAGCCAGGCAGAACAGAAAACCAAGAAAGGAAGCUGCUGCUCUCAGCAAUGCAGUUUCCAUCCUUAAACAAACUGAAUCAGUGACAUUUACAACCACCACAUUCAACGCUGCCUCCGCUAAAGAGCUCAGAUCUGAAAAGCCCUUCAUGACCACCUCGGCAGCGCCCGCCAUGAGUCCACUUCAGCUAUCUAUUGAGAAAGCAAAAGCGCAAUUCUCCAGGAAGAAGAGAAGGAAAGCACGGCUGAUGAACAGACAACAAUGAGUCAUGUGGUGCAGGCAUGGCAGAAAAAGCCAAAAAAAAAAAAAAAAACACAACCUAAGUUGGCUAGGCUGCUUCCUGAUAAUCAGAUAGAAGUGCAUCGUGAAAUUACAUUAAAAUAUUUAAAGCAUAAUCCUGUCUGGUUCUGCAUUUAAGUUACAGAAAUUACAGAAAUUUUGAUAUGGUUGUAAUAUGAUAAGCAUGUCUUGUAUUACCUUAUUGUGCAUUUCAAUAAUAAAAUAUGGGAAUGAUUCUGAA